CUUCUAAUUCGAAUAAAUCUGGCCCCUGGCAGCAGUUACUAUGAGCGUCCAAGAUGGCUCUAAGAUUGCUCACCUCUAGAGCCAGAGUCUUGUGCUCUCUCUUCCAUUCUCUCCACAGCCCCUGCUCUCUUCUUCGUCCUUGUUCUUUCUCUCUUCUCACUCCACUCAAUGCGAACCAGCCUUUACCAGACCUUGUCAAUGAGAUCUCUCGCAUUCUUAGUGACCACAGAAACCCCCACCACGAUUUGGAGCUUUCUCUUACUACUUACUCUUCGAAGAUAUCCGCUGACUUGGUAGAGCAAGUCUUGAAACGCUGCAAGAAUCUUGGAUUUCCAGCGCACAGAUUUUUCCUUUGGGCUAAAAGAAUUCCAGGUUUUGAGCAUAGUGCAGAAAGCUAUCACAUUUUGGUGGAUAUAUUGGGUGCUAGUAAGCAGUUUGCUAUUUUAUGGGAUUUCUUGAUAGAAAUGAGAGAAUCUCGAGAUUGUAACAUAAGCCCACAAAUGUUUUGGCUUGUUUUUAGAGCUUAUAGUAGAGCUAAUUUACCAGGUGAUGCGAUUCGUUCUUUUGAUAGAAUGGUUGAGUUUGGUUUAAAGCCUACCGUUAAUGACCUUGAUCAGUUGUUGUAUGUGUUAUGCAAAAGGAAGCAUGUUAAGCCCGCCCAACAACUUUUUGACAGAGUUAAGCGUGAAUUUGAUCCUAAAGCGAAAACUUAUAGCAUUUUGGUCAGGGGAUGGGGUGAUAUUGGUGAGUUAGAAUCAGCAUGGAAGGUGUUUGAUGAAAUGCGUGAAAAACAAUCUACGGUGGAUGUGCUUGCUUAUAAUUGCUUGUUAGAGGCUUUGUGCGAGGGAAGAAGAGUUAGUGAAGCCUAUAGGAUGUUUAAAGAAAUGAGUUCAAAUGGAAUUGAGCCAGAUGCUUGUAGUUAUUCGAUUUUCAUUCGUGCGUACUGUGAGGCAAAUGAUAUUCGUUCAGCUUUCAGACUGCUUGAUGAAAUGCGGCGAUGUGAUCUUAUGCCUAAUGUGUUCACUUUUAAUUGCAUCAUCAAGAAACUUUGCAAGAAUGACAAGGUAGAAGAGGCUUAUCAACUUUUGAAUGAGGUGAUUGAGAGGGGAGGUAACCCUGAUACCUGGAGUUACAAUGCAAUCUUAGCUUAUCACUGUGAGCAUUCUGAAGUUAAUAGAGCCACUAGGCUGAUUUCUAGAAUGGUGAAAGAUAAUUGCUUGCCAGAUCGACAUAGUUAUAACAUGUUGCUCAAACUGCUGAUAAGAGUUGGAAGAUUUGAUAGAGCAACUGAAGUUUGGGAGAGCAUGCGGGAGAGGGGUUUUUAUCCUUCAGUCUCAACUUAUUCUGUUAUGGUUCAUGGUUUGUCCAAGAAAAAAAAUAAACUAGAGGAGGCAUGUAAGUAUUUUGAGAUGAUGAUAGAUGAAGGAAUACCGCCAUAUUCUUCUACUGUUGAGAUGUUGAGGAACAGGCUAAUGGGGUUAGGAUUGUUGGAUAAUAUUGAGAUACUUGCAGGUAAAAUGGAGCGAAGUACUUCUUGUUCAAUACAGGAGUUGGCAAAUGCUAUGAGAGGCAGUAAGGUCCAUUGGAGAUCAAGAAAUGAAGAAACAGAGUCUGAAAGUGACUGAAAUUUUGGUGCCAUCGAUUAUGAUGCAGGCAUUUAACAUUUGAGCAGAGUCAAAUCCUACUUCCCUCUGCUCCUCCCUUUGAACCAAAAGGUUAAAAAAAAAAAAAAAUCCAGAUUUUUGGUUUGAUAUCUCCUGUCAGUUGCCUUAUCAUGAUUUUUGUGGUAUGGGUAAAUGCCAUUACCAUCUGACUUGCUGACCUUGUGGGAAAUGGGAUUUUGAAGACGAUUGAAAAGGCUUCAUUCCUGAUGAUGUUGGCCUAUUAAUUGGCCAGGACCUUAGGCAUUUUUUUGCGCAGUUGGUAUACCAGAUUCAUUUUUAGAGACCACAUAACUGAUUAUUUCAGCACUUUGUUUUCAACAGAAAAAAAAGGAAACAAUGUGAAAAACACUGUGUUCAGUUGAGCGGUUAUCCACCAGCCUUGCUUCUCAGCGGAUCACGAGAAAAGGAAGGGGCUGGCUAUCUUCCUCCCCUCCCCUCUCGAUGACAAAUUCCAGAAGAAGGAUCUUUGUUAUGGUCCAUGGGAUUAUUGAUAGAAAAGGAGCUCAUCAGAGAGCUAUUAACACUUAUAAGAGACAGCUCUUACCACCUCAGACUCAUUAACGAGAGAGAGAGUUUUAAAUCAGUAUCUGCAUUGAAGCCAAAGAUCAAAUUUUGGUUAACAAAAAGAGGCGCAAAAGAAAAAAAAGUUUAUUGUCAACUCAAGGCAUUUAUUGUUGGGGACAACAACAAAAUAAUAAUAAUAAUAAUGAGCCUAGGCACAAACCUGAAUAAUGCAAGGUGUAAAAAAAAAUGAAUAAUUUAUCAAAAUUUAAAUAAUAUUAGAUGAUUAUUUAAAUUUAUCUACUUUUAUAAUUAGAUAACUUUGGUGAUACGAUAAAAUUCUAUUAUAAAUUAUAUUUAUUUAAUGAUUUUUUAAAUAAUUUUAAACAAUAUAAUAAUUAAUUCAAUGCUAAUCAUAUAAAUUUAAUUUACCUUCAUAUCUAUAGAAUAUAUUUUACAAUUUCAAAUUUCAAUUUUUAGCAUCAUCUGAAUACCACCCUACUCCAUUGAUCAUUUGUACUAGUCUACUAGACUUGAUUGCUUAAUGGAAUCCUGAUCAAUAAAUUGUGAUGAAUAGUUGCUAGCUUUACACAUUAGCAAAGAAACUGUAUUCAUUGGCAUCAACAACUAUUUGUCUAAUUGAAGAAAUUGUACCCAUAACUCCUAGUACUGAAAAGACUAUGGCUAUCAAUGUGUUUCCCCAAAACAUUAGUCCCUGCUUUGAUGGCUUGAAAGUCACAUUGUAGAAGACCACAGGUAAAAUGAAGUCUAACGGUAUGAAUCCAAAUGCUCCAAUCACUGCAUUGAUAUCUCCAAAGAAAGGAAACAUGGCAGCAAUAGUUGUGGCUAUGACUACUGAUAAUGAUCGGAAUAUUACCCUUGGAACCACAUUCCGGAUUGAGAACUGAUCCCUCUUUGCAUCUGCAAACUUUUGUUCAAGCACUUCAUUUGUUGGUUGCAAGUAAACCUGCAACAAGUUAUCCUCAAUAGUUAAGUACACAGCCCGAGGCAUAUAUGAAUUUUAUCUUUAUAGGUUGUUGCUGGUGUUUGAACUCUUCAGAGUACAUGUCAAUUUAUAUGCUCUGGAUUUGUUGCUGCUAUAACAAAUAAAAAUGCCUAGAAUUUUGAGGAGGGGUAAUUUGUAUAGAUGGUACACCAACUUAGGGGUUACAGUAAAAUGUUUGAAUUUAUUUUGUAACAUAAAACCCCUCCAACUUUUAUCUAAGUAAUAUAAAAGUCCAUUUCACCUGCAAUGACAGAAUUCUAAGUUAAUUUUUUAACUGUGACACUUGUUAAAUUAAAAAUAUAUAUAUUUUCAAUGUGCCUAUGUGCUACCUAAGGCUGUUGUUUCUAUGUUAGAGCUAUCUUCCAUUAUUCUUGUUGGAUGUUCUUUCUUUUGACUUGCUUGAUAUAUAAAUUUCACGUUUUUACCAAAAAAAAAAAAUUGAAGGGAUUUUAUAUUACAAAAAUGAAGUUUAUAUACUUUACCAUUAUAAUCUACAGCCUCUAAGUUGAUUUUUGGUCUUACCACAGUUACAGCUGCUACUUGUAGGAGGGUAAAAACAUUGGUCAUCAGGAGAAUCCAAGUGGGUAAUAGAGGCUUGUCAUCGGGCAUAAAAUUCAUUAUAACUGUUCCCUUGGCCUGAUUCCCAAAUGCCCAAUAUCCAGAAAUUGCUACACUGAAAAAUGUGGUCACCACAACAGCAUAACAGACUAGCAGGCCUUUGAACAUUUUCCCCUUCACUGGAGGUGCUAUUGUUGCCUACAAAGUGGGGCUUAAAGUACAUUAGCAAAUUAUUUUCAGAUACAAUUGUUUUGAUUAGCAUGAACAAAUAUGAGUUUGUUUGAUUUAACUGUUACAGAUCAUUGGUAGAUGUUUCUGUUAUUAUGUAAAAUAAUUAGCAAGGGUAUAUAUAUAUACUUUAUUUGUUUUA